CUGUUUCUCUCUCUCUCUUGCUUUCUCUUUUAGGGUUUUGAUUCAUUCCAUAAACAACCAGCUUUAAUUCGCCAUGACUUCUGUGAGGAGUAACCUGGUGCCUCCUGGGCUUGUGUCUAAUCUUGAAGAGGUGCUUUUGAGGAAGAAGAAGAACAAUAGCAAUGAGGAUAGUGAGAAAUCAAAGGAUGACGCGUGUGAUUCAACCGAACCUUCCACCUCUGAUUCUGAUAGUUCCAAGCCUGUUGUUUUGGUCACUAAUGGAGAUGGAAUUGAGUCCCCUGGCCUUGUUUAUCUUGUUCAAGCUUUGGUUAAUGAAGGCCUCUACAAUGUUCAUGUUUGCGCUCCUCAAUCGGACAAAUCACUAUCUGGUCAUUCUGUGACUCUGCGCGAAACUAUUGCAGUUAAUUCUGCUGAAAUCGCCGGCGCCACAGCAUAUGAAGUUUCAGGGACUCCUGUGGAUUGUGUGUCGUUAGCAUUAUCUGGGACACUCUUUUCUUGGUCAAAGCCUGUGCUGGUAAUUAGUGGAAUCAACCGAGGCUCAAGCUGUGGUCAUCACACGUUCUACUCAGGUGUGGUUGCUGGAGCUAGGGAGGCAUUGAUUUGUGGAGUACCAUCUUUGUCUAUAUCCCUGAACUGGAAGAAGGAUGAAAGUCAAGAAAGUGAUUUCAAGGAUGCAGUCACUGUCUGUUUACCUUUGAUAAAUGCAGCUAUUAGAGAUAUUGAAAAGGGAGUUUUCCCCAAGAGUUGCUCUCUGAAUAUUGAAAUCCCUACAGCUCCAUUGACCAACAAGGGUUUCAAAUUUACAAAGCAAAGCAUGUGGAGAUCCACUCCUAGCUGGCUAGCUGUUUCGGCAAACCGGCAUCCUGCUGGGGCGCAUUUCAUGUCUAACCAACAAAGUCUUGGCAUACAGCUUGCACAGCUGAGCCGAGAUGCCUCUGCUGCUGGUGCAGCUCGCCGUAUAACUACACAAAAGAAGAAUGUGGAGAUUGAAUCAGUUGGAGCUGCUGGUAAACCUGAUACAAACCGGGUCAAGAAGUUCUUCCGACUAGAGUUUCUAGAUAAGGAGCAGGAAGAUACAGACGAAGAACUGGACUUUAGAGCGCUUGAAAAUGGAUUUGUGGCCAUAACCCCUUUAUCGCUUCAACCACAAACCGGGUCCGAUACACAAGCAGCUGCAUCAGAAUGGAUCUCUACUGCACUGCUUACCAGCGAGCAACAAACUUCAACACAAACAUAAGAGAUUCAGAGACUUUGUACACAGUUUCAUGACCAAUUCUGUUAAUUUAAUCAUCAAUUGUUUUUGAGUUUCCUUUAUUAUUAUUAUUAUAAUUUAUUUUUAUUUUUUUGUAUUUUUAUUUUUUUCUUGGGUUUCAAAUAUUGGUGGCAUUGGCGUUUGGGUGGGUUUGUUUGUCCUAGUUGAUACAAAAAUGUAAUUGCAAUUGCAAACAGCCGGGUCUAAAUUUAUGACCCUGUGCUUUAUUCUGUAUUUUCUAAAUCUUGUUGCAUAAAUUAAUUUUUUUUUUUUUUU